AUGAUCGCCUGGGGUGAGAGCGCAUCCUGUGCAGCCAAAGCUUGGAAAUAUAGUUCAUCAAAAGAAAUGGAAUCUAGAAGCUCACCAAAAGAAUUAUUAUUCACCAUAGUAUUUGUACUAGCACAUUUGCCGCACAGAAUAAUGUCUGAAACAGGAGAUUGUAGACAACAAGAAUUUAGGGAUCGCUCUGGAAACUGUGUCCCCUGCAAACAAUGUGGCCCAGGAAUGGAGCUGUCUAAGGAAUGUGGCUUUGGUUAUGGGGAGGAUGCACAGUGCAUGACAUGCAGGCCGCACAGAUUCAAGGAGGACUGGGGCUUUCAGAAAUGCAAAUCCUGUCUGGAUUGUGCCUUAGUGAAUCGAUUUCAGAAGACCAACUGUUCUGUCACCAGUGACGCCGUUUGUGGGGACUGCUUACCAGGAUUUUACAGGAAGACAAAGCUUGUUGGCUUUCAAGACAUGGAGUGUGUACCUUGUGGAGAUCCACCACCCCCAUAUGAGCCUCACUGUACAACGAAAGUAAACCUUGUGAAGAUACCAUCUACUGCCUCCAGUCCCCGAGACACGGCUCUGGCUGCUGUGAUCUGUAGCGCACUGGCCACUGUUCUGUUGGCCCUCCUCAUCCUUUGUGUGAUCUACUGUAAGAGGCAAUUUAUGGAGAAGAAGCCCCGCUGGUCUAUGAGAUCACAGGAUAUCCAGUACAGUGGGUCAGAGCUGUCGUGUUUUGACAGACCUCGGCUUAAUGAAUAUCCUCACAGAACUUGUUGUCAGUGCCAUCAAGAUUCAGCUCAGACUUGUGGGCCAGUACACUUGAUUCCUUCAUUGUGCUGUGAUGAGACCUGUAGCAUGGAUCAUGGCACUCAUGGCUGUGCUCUCCACUCCAGGACUACCCUUCAUGAAAGGAAUGCAAGUUCAGUGGGAGAAAUGAUUCCAACAUUCUUUGGUUCCAUUUCCCACUCUACCUGUGGUGAUCUUUCAGAUGCCUGGCCACUCAUGCAGAAUCCAAUUUGCAAUGACACACUCUCUCUUUCUGAAUCUUAUUUGGAACUGAAUGGAGGAGAGAGAAAUUCACUCAACCUGGAAACUGAAAACUCAGCCACUUUGGAUUCAAACAGCAGCCAGGACCUGGUUGGUACAGUGGCUUCACUUCAAUCUCAUCCAGAAAACUUGGCAGAAACUACUGAGUGGUCACCACAAAGCAUACUUACAGACCCACCACUAAUUCAGGAGACUUUAACUUUUAAAAACCGUCUGGAGCAAGAGAGUGAGGAUCCCAUGAAUACGGUCCCCCAAUCUUCCCUCCAGGUAAGAAAUGAUGAUUAA